UAGGCAGCGGAUGCCGGUCGUCCAUGAACAUAUCAUCAAGCGAAGAUGUGAUGAGCAGUAGCAGGAAGAGAGCUGGCGUGAUCUUUCAAUGGCUUCAUAACUACCAAUGUCCGCUCCCUCCACGGAUGUCUGUCUCCAUUCGAGGUCUUGACCAAUCUCUUCAACUCCAAUCAACGUAACGCCAACGGUGUAUAAGUCGUUCAUACCAAGAUGGCAACUCUGACAGAUGAUCGGACCUCCACGGUUGAUCCAGCGCUUGCGCAAGAGGCGCAGAUACCUCUCCAGACCUUCGAAAUCCCUUCCUUUCCUCCUGAGGCGCAGGGCUUGCGGGCUUUGAUUUUAACAUGCGACAUCAAAACCGACGAAUACACCGAGCUUCUGAAGACACAUGUCGUCGAGACACCAUCUCUUCCGAAGUGUAUCACAAGCCUCACCCUGGAACUUUUCAGCCUCGGCUACCCACCAGGCUUCUUAACGACGCUGGCUAAAGCCUUACCAAAUGUGAAAGAGCUUGUUGUCUAUAGCCAGAUGCUCGGUGGCAUCACAAAGGACAGCGAGGCAGAUGCCAUACAAGCUUUCCAGGAAUGGAAAGAGUUGCGAAGCUUGCAUCUGCUUGACGUCUUUGCGAAACCGCACUUCUUCCAGAGAAUCGGCGAAGGGUUAAGGAAGAGAGAGACCGGCUUAAUGUUUCUUGAAAUCAAUUAUACGUUCCGACACGAAGACGAGAACUUUUUGACGCGCGUUCCUGCAGGUGAACUGCCGUUGCUCAUAACUCCUGGUCUCAUAACGUGCGCGUUGAACCUCGCACCGUCGGAAGAGACCCAGGAUGAGCAGGAUCCGAGCAAUCUCUCUGUAAAAGGAGAUAAAUCGGAGAUUGGAAAAGAUGGAGUUAUGGCGUUCAACAAGACUCUCUCUCCCGAUCUCGUUGAGGAGCUCACGAAAGAGGAGAAGCCGAAAGACUUGCGGAUGUUGAAUAUCACGCUCUAUACCAUCGAUGUAGACCAGCUGAUCCAGAUCCUGAAGUAUCACAAAGCCCUCGUGAUGCUUAGCGCGACUCUUCAUUGCGAGCCGACUGAGGGGUGGAAGCAAAAGCUUCUAGAGGCGCUUGCACUCUGUCCUGAGCUUGAACAGGUCGAGAUAGUGGGCAACCCGAGCUUGGAGUUCGCAAUGCUGAUGUCCAAUCCGAAACGACGUCCGGAAACCAUCUCGAAGACCUUCCCGUCAGAAGCCGACAUGACAAUGCUCUCGAUAUCGUGCCCGAAAUUGAAAAGCAUGGCGGCAAACAUCUUGCGGACGACCUAUAUCGGAACUGCCUCUUGGAAGAAGGUCGGAGAAUCCUGGAAAGGAGGCAUUCAGAAACCAGACUCUAGCGACGAGUCCAAGGAUUCCAUGCCAGGGCCUGGGUCACAGAUAUAUGCGUCAGCAUGAACCGUGAGAGAGUUUUGCAGUAAACAAGUAUGCUACAAGGCAAAAGCAGUGCAAAUGAAAGAGGAGAGAUUUCAGAGAAGAAUACCAAGAUGCAUGUACAGUCAAUCAAAGCUCAAAAAAGUCUACAACACAAUGCAGAAAACAGACGUGCAAUGCAAAAUAUCACAUACCACAGGUCUCCGCAAUCUACCUGUGUGUUUUUCGUGUACUGGACCUUAGGCAACAAACUUAUCCGGAAAGCGAAGGGUUUCGUAGUCUGCAAUGAUGCAGAAUCCAGCUAAGUCCAUAUUGUCUUUUUUACUUUAUGCUUUCCUGUCGUUCGUUAUGCUUCCAGAAUCUCACGUCUUCUUUUGUUGAAUAUGCACUCUGGCUUUUGUCAUAACACUCCACCGUCCUGAGAUCUGGAGGUCCACGCAGA